GCUCCCUGGCGUUAGACGUGCUGUGUUGUGAUCACGUGGGCAGCUCCGGGCGCGGCGCUUGUUUUGGUUUCCUUCUAACUUGCCCACGGCAGCUUCGGGGUGAGCGACUUUCCUGCACCAGCUGCCGCGCCUGCUCACACCCUGACCUCGUUUUCGGGCUCUCUGAGCCCGCAGUUCCGCAAGCCCCUGGGGCGGGCUCCUGCCAUGCCGCUGGUCCGCUACAGGAAGGUGGUCAUCCUCGGAUACCGCUCUGUAGGUGAGUCUCCGCCUUGCAGAGCUCGGACGCGCAGCAGCUUUGUAGCCAGAAGAGGCGCGCUGCCGUGGGAACGCGACCCAGGGAGGAAUGAUGACAUCGUAAGGAUGGGGUUGUAGAGCGAGGAAUGGAAGAGUGGAGGAAUAAAGGGAAGACAUCUUUGGCACAUCAAUUUGUGGAAGGCGAGUUCUCGGAAUGCUACGAUCCUACAGUGGAGAAUACUUACAGCAAGAUAGUGACUCUUGGCAAAGAUGAGUUUCACCUACACCUGGUGGACACAGCAGGGCAGGAUGAGUACAGCAUUCUGCCCUAUUCAUUCAUCAUUGGGGUCCAUGGUUAUGUGCUUGUGUAUUCUGUCACCUCUCUGCAUAGCUUCCAAGUCAUUGAGAGUCUGUACCAAAAGCUACACGAAGGCCAUGGGAAAACCCGGGUGCCAGUGGUUCUAGUGGGGAACAAGGCAGAUCUCUCUCCAGAGAGAGAGGUACAGGCAGUUGAAGGAAAGAAGCUGGCAGAGUCCUGGGGUGCGACAUUUAUGGAGUCAUCUGCUCGAGAGAAUCAGCUGACUCAAGCCAUCUUCACCAAAGUCAUCCAGGAGAUUGCCCGUGUGGAGAAUUCCUAUGGGCAAGAGCGUCGCUGCCAUCUCAUGUGAGCCCUUGGGUGUGGGGUAACUGCCUUGCUUCUGCCCCUGGCACUUGCCAUGUUCCAGUGGGGGGCAGAUCCUCAGGACUUCACGGGUAUGGUUGCCAGCUGUGUUCCUGGCCCCUGGACACACAGUGUGGCAUCCUCAUGUUUGCACACUUUCCCCAGGCUCCAGUGGCCUGGAUGUCAAUGUUUACAAAGGGGCAAGGACCUCUCAUGGACACUGGCCUCUAGCCCUCUGUUUUUGUUUGAUGAAUUCUGUUAUAACCUAUGGGGUCAGGAUAUGAGUCCCGGGCAUUAUUUAUCCAGGACCCAUCCUCUUGGGUGGGUUUUGGGUGUUGGCUGGGUAAGGGGAGCCGGGGACUUCUGAAAUAGAGCUGGCUCCCUGGGGUGACAAUGUAUAUAUGCAAAUAAAUUGAGAAAUCUUUUGUUGUUGA